UCCGAAGCCCGGGAUAAUACAAUAAAUCGUUCGAGUACGUGGAUCGUGAUCCGGCAGAGAAAGAGGGCGGAAUAUUCGACAAGGUCCGUGAGCGAAGAAAACAACCACGAGUCGAUCGGUUUCAUUGCGAUGCGGCCACGAUGCGGUCGCAGUCAUCUCAGCAUCGGGUGUAUACCUGCUGGAAUUCCUCUACGGAUCAUACAGGUACCGGUUAUGUCACGGGUAUGCUCGAAUACCCCGCGGGUCGAGACACGUACGACCUCCGCGCCGACCGGGGACACUCCGCGGAGACAAAACGGAGACGAGAGGAACGUACGAGACGUGGUAGCCGUCCAAGUGCCAAUAAUAUCUUCAUGGCACGUCGUGUCGGGAAGAUAUACACUGGAACGAGGUACAUCGGGACUCGCGAUAGGUAGUCCAUUCCCUGGAGGCAGGGGUACAACCGAUGGCGAACCCAUCGCCACCAACGGAAAGAAAGUAAAACAAAGUAUCACGCUGCGGUGCUGCGUGGCGCGGCAUGGCGCACAAGGUGUUUCUCUUAACGAUCGUUCGACAACGACCAGCAGCAUCACCAAGCUCGAUACG